GCCAUAUUCGUUUGCUUCCAAAAUCGUUGUGUAUAGUAUUAAUGGUAAAUUUGUUUUUUAUAGAAUUUUAAUUGCUUGGAAUUUAUAAAACCACACUAAGACUUCUUCACACACAAAAUGUCAGACAAUGAUAGUAAAAAACUGUCUGGCCUAAGAGUAAUAGAUUUAAAGAUAGAAUUGGAAAAAAGAGGUCUCGACAAAAAUGGCACCAAGCAAGUUUUAGUGGAAAGGUUGUCAAAGGCAAUCUCUGAUGAAGGUUUUGACCCCGAAACAUAUGUGUUUGAUGAUUCUGAGAAGAAAAAAGAUUCAACUCGUGUGUCAACUGGAAAUGAUGAGAAAUCAGAUAAAUGUGAUGAGGUAGGGAGAAAAUCCGAAGCAGUGAAGAGUAAUGAUGGUGAUGCAGAAAAUAAGAAAGAUCUGGAACAUGAACGACCUGAGUCACCAAUUCGUCUUACUUUAGAUGAUGAAGAAGCUAUAAAUGAAGUAGAGAGUGAGACAUCUGACAGGUCUAAGGAAACUAUAGGAAAAGAUGAAGAUAAGAAGAAUGAUGACGAUAGUUCGCAGCCUACUGAACAGGGAGAGAAGAAUGCUGUAGCCAAUGGAGAAACAAAAGAUGGAGAAAAAAGCGGAUCGGCAGAAAAUAGCAAAACGUCGGAAAAGUUGCAGAAGAAAGUAGGUAUUAAAUCUAAUCCAAAUGUUGUUUGGAUAAGUAACGUAGCUCAAAAUACUAGAGCUAGUGAAUUAAAAGCUGCUUUAUCAACCUGUGGAAAAGUGACUGGGGCAAAAGUUGUCGUGAAUGCAAGGUUUCCUGGCUCAUGUUGUUUUGGUUAUGUGACUAUGAGCUCUGUAGAAGAUGUCGAGAAUGUUAUAGCCAAGCUCAAUAAUACUGAAUUAAAAGGACAGAUAAUCAAAAUUGAAAAGUUUGAUCUGGUUCGAGCGGAACAAAUGAAGCAAAUGAAGGCAGAGCAAACGAGAGAAUCAAGAUCCCGAAAAAGAUCCAGGUCCAAAUCUAAAGCAGAUGGCAAAGAGAAAAAAGAAGAAAAGAAAAAAGAUAACGAAAACAAAGAAGGUACUGGGGAAGGCAAACCAGAAGGAAAAGAAAAGGGUAGAAGUCGAAAUACAUCUUCUACAAGACCAGAUAGUGAUAGAAUGAGAUCCAAAGAUAGAAGAAAGUCAUCUAAAGAAAAAGAUAGGCGUCCAGCCCAUUCUGGUUCUAAAGGUCGCCAUGAACGUGAUGUACUAACUUUUGACAAAAUUCGUGAAGAACGUGAAAGACAAAGACUCCGUGAGAAGGAAAGACAGUUACGAGAAGAACUCCGGCGCCGUCAAGAAGAAGCUUCACGUCAAAGAGAAAUUGAAAGACGUCAACACAUGGAAGCUCGUAGAUUGGAAAGGGAGAAGGAAAAACUAAGAAUGGAACGAGAAAAGAUUGAACGUGAAAAGGUAGAAUUGGUGAGAAUGGAACGUGAAAGACAACGAUUAGAAAGAGAAAAACUUGCUAUUGAAAAACUUGAGCUUGAAAGAACUUUAAUCAGAUUAGAUGAAGAAAGAAGAGCUGUCAAGAGACCAGCUCCAUACCGCAGGGAUGACUUUGAAGACAGAAAAAGAUCUGCUUCUGACAGACAUUAUAAUGAAGCCCCUCCUCCACCAAGUAUAAAACAGAGAGACUCCAGUCCAAAGAAAUUUGUCAACUCUCCUAAAGGUCGCCCACCAUAUGACACAAAACGUGAUAUAUCUUAUCCCGAAAAACGAGGAAGAGAUUAUGACAUGAGCCGUGCCGCUCCAAUCGGUAGACCAAACAGUGGGCCAAGUCAAGGUGGCAGACCUUAUGAUGGUAGAGAUGCUAGGUCGGAUAUAAGAGGAAGAGAACUGCCAUCUAGACCUAAAGAUGUCCGGUACGAUGACCGUGAAAGAGGAGGUCGGGACCGAAGUCCACAUUUCAGACAAGAAAGAAGGCCUAUGGGAGACGGUAAACUGGAUAUACAAAUGCCCUCAAGAGACGCUGGCCCAAGAAGUUUUGACAAUAGAAGUGGUGGAGCUGCCGGUCCAUGGCAAAAUCAAAUUCCAAAACCAUUUGGAACUACUAAUUCACCAAAAUUUUUUGAAAAAGAACCAUGGAGACCCAAUCCCGGUCAAGACCGGCGCAGUAAUUUCAUUAAUCGUCCGUUUCCUCCUGUAACCAGUCUCAAAUGGAAAAAUCCGAAUUUAAUGUAGUGUGGAAUUUCAUGUGCUAAGGAAAAUGGGCCUAGAUGUUUAUGUGGCAACAACCUGGAAGACCUUUUUCUGGUAACUCUAACUUAGGACCGGCUUGUCCACCUCCACCCGGCUUGAACAAUUAUCCUGAACCAAGAUUCAAUUCCAACAUGAGAAAAUACUAAUUGUGUGAAAGAAUUUUCUUGUGAUUUGUAUUUUAUAGUUCAACAUACUUUUAAAUUACUUAGACUUAUAUAAUUAUAUAAUAAGGCACUAAAUAUACACAAUUUACAAAUGUCUUACACUGUCAAUGUAAUAAAAAAUAGUAUAUGA